AUGGAUAUGAAGCACUUAAUCCCCAUUUUUGUCAUCUUCUUCUUCUUUAUGUCUACUACUUCCGCAUCAGUAGCAUUAGCUCCAUCAUCAUCCAACACUCAAUCUUUCAGCUUUUCUAAACCCCCAGGGGACCAAACAUUUUUUAUAUUACCUAACGAUGUUGAUCCUAAGCUUCAAAGCAUUUGUGGAGAAACUGACUACCCCAUCGAAUGUUUAACAACAACUAUUCCAUUCCUAGAUGAAAAUGUUGCCAUAAUCCCGGUGUCUAUUCUCAAAGUUGAGAUUGAUGCAAUUCAUAACAAGACUAAAAAAGCGAUAGACAAGGCUUACGAGUUUUCAAUAAAUCCCUCUACCUCAAGACUCCUCCCUUUAUGUCUUAAAACUUGUAUUAAUAACUACAAUGCCAUUCUAGAAAGCAAACAAAGAAUCCUUGAUGCAAUCUCUAUUGGUGAUGCUAACGAGCUGAGCAUGGAGCUAAGCCACAACAUGGAGCAUGUAUUUGCAUGUGAGGACGAGUUCAAGGAAGCCAAAAUUGAGUCGCCAAUAGCAGAAUUAAAUUCAUUGCUUGUUAAGAUAAUUACCAACAGUUUGACGAUCUAUGUUGAUAUGGUCAAAGUUUAG